AUGGCCUAUGCUGAGGAAGACAGAAGCAGCUAUGAGGCGUGCCAGGAGGCAGCAGAGUGGCUGCGUGCCCGCGCUGCCCGGCGGCCCAGGGUCGCCAUCGUCUGCGGCUCCGGGCUGGCAGCUCUGGCUGAUGUGCUGGACAGCAGGACAGUCUUCCUGUACGAGGACAUCCCCCACUUCCCAAGGAGCUCAGUGUCAGGGCACGUUGGCAGAUUGGUGUUUGGGGAGCUGAAUGGACAGCCCUGCGUGUGCAUGCAGGGACGAUUCCACUCCUAUGAAGGCUACUCUCUCAGCACGGUCACCUUUCCCAUCAGGGUGUUCUUUCUCCUGGGGGUGGAGAUCUUGAUUGUCACUAAUGCUGCUGGAGGACUGAAUCCCCACUUCCAAGUGGGGGACAUCAUGUUCAUAAGGGAUCACAUCAGCUUGUUUGGCCUGGGAGGGCAGAAUCCCCUGCGUGGACCAAACGAUGAGAGGUUUGGAGUGAGGUUUCCCUGCAUGUCAGACGCUUAUGAACCAGAUCUGCUCAGCCUGGCCAUGGAGAGUGCCCAGGAGCUGGGGCUGCUGAGCUUCACCAGGGAAGGAGUGUACUGCCUGCAGGCUGGGCCCAGCUACGAGACCGUCGCCGAGUGCCGCCUGCUGCAGGCGCUGGGAGCUGACGCUGUGGGCAUGAGCACUGUCCCAGAGGUAAUUGUAGCCAGGCAUUGUGGCCUCCGAGUCCUUGGGAUCUCCCUCAUCACCAACAAAGCGGUGAUGAGCUACAGCAGCCAGGAGAAAGCCAACCACGAGGAGGUGCUGCGCAUCUCGGUGCUCCGCGCUGAAGCCCUGCAGAAACUGAUCUCACACCUCCUUGGCAAGCUGGGGGAAAGCUCAGACUCUCUAUGACCUCCAGCCAUCAAUCCUUCAUAGCAUAACCUGUGUGAGCACUACCAAGUGUUGGGGGAGAGCUGUUGGUGGACUGCCCCUUUCUGUCUGGAUUUUAAAUUGACCUUUUGAUCUUUGUGCUUUAUCUGAUCAGGUGCAGAGCUUCAUUUUGAAUUUUGCCAGGAUGAUCCCCUCGCUAUAGUCAGUGACCAAAACAGCUUACUGGCACUUUCAACACAUUCCCAAUCCCCGUGUCAGCAGAGCCCCAGAGACUCUGACCUCCAGCUGCUCUCUUGGGACACCCUCCUGCCCCAAAUCUCUGCUCCCCAUUGCACAUAAGCAGGU